GGAUUUUCGGAACUUCGGCAAAAGAUGGAGGCCAAAUCGAAGUGCAUACCAGAUGAUAGGCCGGAUCUCAUGGUGGAAAAGGAAGAAUGGUGCAGGAGGUGGAACAAGAUUUCGUCCGAUAUCGGAAUCUUUAUAGCAGCCAGAAAGGAUAAGGGUGUCGCACUUGCGUUGACUGCGGAGGAUGUUGCGAGGGGUAAGGAACUGGUGGGGAUUCAUGAUCGCUUCGUGGAACAGCUGCAUGCGCUCAAGGAAAUGGCCGCGCGUCAGGCCGAAAUUUCCGAACCUCAAGGCGCACCUGCGGAUGUCUCGAUGGAAGGUGAGGGUGAUGAAGAAGAAGAUGCGGAUGGCGAAUCCGAAGUUCCGAUUAAGCAGCCGACUCGGGUGCGCAAGGCAAAGCAACCUGCGUCAAAGGAUGAUGAUUCUGAUGAUGGGAUGAUCCUUCACAACCCUCCCUGCGAUUGCUGCGCUAAGCGUGACACCGAAUGCUUUGGACCCGAAAAACGCGGGUGUACAGAGUGCCGGAACUCUAAACAGGCAUGUUCCUAUUCUCGCAUUGCGCACGCCAAGGGCAAAGUGUCUGCACGUCGGCCGAUGGCGGCUUCCAAAUUUCGGGUCGGGUCUUCGCUCGGAUCCGAACCUCCUAUUACGAUUUCCGAUGGUGAAGAUAUGCCAUCCGUCUCGCGCAUUUCGAAGGCAAAGCCAGUGGUGCUGAUUCAGGGUAGGAAAAGGAAGUUGGCGGAUGUAGAGGAAGAGGAUUUCGCACUUGCGGAUUCGGGUUUGAGCGGAGAGGACCUGAUUUUGGCGGGUAAGCUUCACGGUGUCUAUGCGAAGUUUCGUACUAUCCAGGGGCUGAUGUCCGAAGUUGCGAAUGAGUUGGACAUGAUGUGGGCGCAUGUCACCAAAAAGGCAUGUUUCUGAAUACUCUGUCUCCUUCAAUUUUUUUCUGCUUCUGUACUACCAACUAGUGUUUCUCCUAGCUGUACAAUGUAUUCCGCAUGUUUUCCGAAUGUCAAAGCGUGAU